AUGUUUAUCAGGGAGAUAGUCCUGGAUGGAUUCAAGUGCUAUGAGGAAAAGGUUGUUGUAGCCAACCUCGACAGGUCCUUCAACGCAAUAACCGGGAUGAAUGGGUCCGGGAAGUCUAAUGUGCUUGACGGGAUUCUGUUUGCUCUUGGGCUCGAGAGUACAAAGGCCCUGCGAGCUAACAACACCAGGGAGCUGAUCAAUGCCCACAGAAAGGAGUGCAGGGUGAGUGUUGUGAUGUGUAAUAGGGAAAAGGCCCGAAGUCCCCCUGGGUAUGAGCACCAUGACGAGAUCUGCGUCUCCAGAACGAUUGACCUGGAGGGAAGGACGAAGUGCUACAUAAACAACCAUCUGUGUUCGUUCUCCACGUUAGGCAAGCUGUGUGCGUCGAUGGGCCUCGUGUCUCGGGGAUCGCUUUCCUCUGUUGUGAUGCAGGGGCACAUAACAAAGGUUCUGAGUAUGAAGAGCUCGGAUCUCCGGGGGCUGGUUGAGGAGACUGCCGGGACAUGGAGCUACGAGAGGGAAAAGGAGAAAGCAAUGGCGAUGAUUGAAAGAAAAGAAGAGAAGCUCAAAGAGGUCCGGGAGAUGCUGAGAAGGAGGAUCUCCCCGUUUUACGACAAGCUUCGAGAGGAGAGGACAAGAUUUCUUGAGACCAGAGACCUGGAUGAGAAGAGAAGGGUCCUAAUAGAAAGAGAACGGGAGAUCAAGCGGAAGCUGCUUCUUCACGAGAUAGGAGAGGAUGUGAAUGUCUUGAAUAGGUGUUUGGAGAGCUAUGGUGCGGAAAUGAAGAGCCUGGAGUCUGUUGAGAAAAGGAUUUCUGAGAUUUGUGGGAUGAAGGAGGAAGUCGAUGUUGUAUGGAUCAAAGCAUCUAUUGACGGGGAAAGGGAAAAGCUGGAGGAGAUGAGAAGCAGAGGACUGGAGCAGAGGCUGAAGAUGAAGAAGGAAGAGCUGAGAAUGAUGGGGGAUGCAAGGCCAAUGAUGGAGCUAAGCAAGUUGCUUGAAAAGGAAAGGAUGCUUGUGGAAAGCCUGAGAAACAUGGAUUCUGGAGAGAACGAUGUUUUGCGGAAGGCUGAGGAGCUUGCAGCGCUCAAGUUCCAGAGGUCUCGAGUUGAGUUUGAGCUCAGCUCUAUUUCUGCAGAAACUUUUUCGCAGGAAAGGCUGGAUGAGAUUGAACGGCUCAGGGUUUCUGAGGAGGAGAUUGAAGAGGCGAGAAAAAGGGCCCGGACGCUGCGGUCUAAGAUCAACUAUCCGUUUAUGGAGGGAGUCCUUGGAACUGUUGAGGAAAACAUUGAGGUGUGUGACAAGAAAUAUCUUGAGGCGGUGCAUACGGUGAUGGGAUCCCGGGGAAAGUAUGUUAUAACAUGUGAUGAGAAGGUUGGGGGACUCUUACUGAGUACUGUGGAAAGGAAUGUAAGUGUGAUACCGCUCUCGAAGAUAAGGGUGUUCCGUCUUUCUCCGGGCGUUGCGAAGGAGAUAAGAUCCAAGGGCGGAAUGAACAUGGUUGAUCUUUUGAGGUUUGAUGGCAGUGUUCGUAAGGCUGUUGAGUUUGUCUUUGGCAACUUCUUUGUAUUUGAGAGCAAGGAGAUAGCCAGAAGGGUCUGCUUUGAGCACAAGGUGAUGUGUGUAACGGUUGAUGGGACUGUGUAUGAUCCGAAAGGAACGCUUACUGGGGGGAAGUCGAGCUUCAGGGCCGAUGCAGUGGGUAGGAAAGAUGUGGAAGAUGCAGAAAGACUUCUUGAAUCCCUGGAGUCGAACAAGAGGAAGUUUGACUUGCUGAGACAGGAGUAUACCAAUCUCCUGAGGGGAAGGGCUCUGGAUGAAAAGAGGAAAAGGCUUCAGGAGGAGAGGAGAUCUCUUGACACACGGAUUUCGAUAUUGUCUGGGCUGUGCGAGAGCGGGAUGAACAUAAAGGAGGAGCUGAGGGCAGUACGGGAAAAGAUGGUUGAGGGGAUGCGAGAGAAGAAUGAGACGGAUGCGUUUGCGGAAAGAAAGAGGAGAGUGGAGGACCAAAUAAAAGAGAUUGAAGAGAAGAUCCGAAGAAAUGAGGAAGAGGCAAGGGAAUGCGAGAAAAGGAUACUGUCCUACCAAAGAAUUCUUGGGGAGCAUGACGUUGAGAACGAUGCAAGAAGAAUGAGCGAGAGGGAGAUGGGCGGGCUUGAGUUGAAGCAGAGGGAUCUGAUCCGGAGCACCGGGAAGCUACACGGCAAAAUCACCAAGGUCUAUGGUGACGUUGAGAAGAAGCUGAAGCAGGUUGCUGAUUGCGACAAGAUGCAGGUGUAUGGAGACGCUCUGCCUUCCGAAGAGAUUUGCAGCACGGCAAAGUCUAUGGGGAUUGAUCCCAGACACCUCCUGAUCGGAAGGGUGGAAAUGUUCCCGGAGGAAAAGGCUGCACUGAGAAAGGAGCUAGAGACGGUUGCAGGAGAGAUUGCGAGACUGGGCUGUGCAAAGAGAAGUACGAUGGACCCGGCGAACUUUGAUCUACUUGAGCGGAAUGAGCUGAUGAUUGCAGAAGUGAAAGAGAAGAUGGAGAAGCUGGAAAAGGACAGGCUUGCAAUUGUACAGAGUGUAUCGAGAUUUGAUGAUCUAGGGCACAGGGAGAAUCUGAAAGCAUUCAAGCACAUCAAUGGAAGGCUGGGAAGAUUUCUUAGGUACUUCAUACCUGAGUCUGAUGCAAGGAUUGAGGAAAAGAAUGGGGAGUAUGUCCUGAGGGUCAAGAUUGGAAACUGGAAGGAAUCCUUGAGCGAGCUUAGUGGGGGGCAGCGGUCUCUUGUGGCUCUUUGCCUGAUAUUCUCGAUGCUGACAUACAGGCCAUCCUCCUUCUACAUCUUCGACGAGAUCGACUCUGCACUGGAUCUGAGCUACACACAGGGCAUUGGGGAAAUCAUAAGGAACGAGUUUGGAAAUGCCCAGUUCGUGGUUGUGUCUCUAAAGAGCGGGAUGUUUGAUAAUGCAAACAGCAUAUUCAAGGUAUACCUACAGGACGGAAAGUCGAGGAUAUGUAGAAUUAAGUAG